AGUGCCGAGAUGGCCGGCCGGGCGGCGUGGCUGGUACUGCUAGCCGGGACAAUAGCGCUUGCAGGCGGCUCCCAGGGUGAUCGCGAGCCGGUGUACCGCGACUGCGUGCUCCGGUGCGAGGAGCGGAACUGUUCAGGAGGCGCACUGAAGCACUUCCGCUCCCGCCAGCCAAUCUACAUGAGCCUAGCAGGCUGGACUUGUGGAGAUGACUGUAAGUAUGAGUGUAUGUGGGUCACCGUUGGCCUCUACCUCCAAGAAGGUCACAGAGUGCCUCAGUUCCAUGGCAAGGUGAGUUGGAGGGUCAGGGAAGGUACAUGGUGGUGGAAUAGUGAAA